AUGGAGGAAAGCGAUCCUCUCCGGCUGGAGGAUUACGCCGUCGGCCCUCUGCGAACUCUGAUCUACAUUCCCAACUUCAUAUCAGCCCCUGAAGAAAGCCAGCUUCUCCACCACGUAAUUUCUUCUGACUCAAGGACGCGGCGUCUGCCCCUCUUCCUCUCCGGAUUCAGAAGCCUAAUCCUUGUCUUCCGAACCCUGCGCAGAUCUACGAGGCCCCCAUGUCCAAGUGGAAAUCUCUCAAGAACAGAAGGUUGCAGAAUUGGGGUAUCGUAAUAUUCUCGUGUCCUCAGAUCUUCCCUGAGAGCGAUCACUCAGAUAGAACAGUUUUUCCGGUGGGUUCUUAAUGCCGAUCUUCUCUUCAGGCGGCGUGGUGCACGAGAAGGGUCUUCUCCCCCAGGACUGUGAGUCGAUAAACCUGCCUUUUUUCUCUCUUCCUCGACCUUCCAGAUCGAGAACUGAUCCGCAUGCGGUUUCCGAAACGUAUGAAUUAUAGAAAGUAUAUCUGCAUUUACCCUCUCCAAAAACUGUUUUACAUGAUAAAACUUGCGAAGAACAAACCCUAGAACAAGUACCUAAUCACCGUGGAGAAUGUGUAAUGAAUAUGACGAAUGCCGGAUCUUCUAGCUCUGGUUCUCUAACAAAUCUUAGAUUGCUUUCAUGUUGUAAUUUAUUUACCAAAGCUGGUCAAAUCAAGAACAAUAGAUCAGUGGAGACCCUCCAACUUUGUCUCAUCAUCUCCUGUUCUCUACCAGUGCCUCCAUGGAUCACGAAGAUCACCCAGAGAAUAUGCGAACAAACUGGGCUCUUCCCCUCGCCAAUCAAUCACGUGCUCAUCAACGAAUACCUUCCUAAUCAAGGAAUCAUGGUUUGUACUGAUGAUUCUCUUCCCUCUCUGCAACUCCUGCAUGAAAAUCAUAAUCUGUUCUUGCCAAAACCAUGAAGUUGCCCUUAGAUCACGAUUAUGCCGAUGAUUCUUCUCUGCUACUGGGCAUUGCUGAAAGUUAUUUCAAAAUCAGCCGCACCAGGAUGGGCCUGCUUAUUUCCCUGUCGUGGCAAUUCUAUCACUCGGAUCCCCCGCUGUGGUUGACUUCACCCCUCACCCGAGACUUGAUGAACCGGCCGCCAACAACGGAGGACCUCCGUCAGAUUCCUGCAACCAAGCCGAAGAAACCCCCCGCCCAGUGUCACUCCUGCUGAUGCCACACAGCUUGCUGAUCUUCAAAGAUGAGGCGUACUCAAGUGAGCACUCCUGAUUCGAUCGGGAAAGUUGUUGCAGUAACCAAGUUCGGAAGAUUUCCCAACUUGGGUUCCUGGGACCUGUCUGACUUCUUCUUUCUGCAGACUACUUGCAUGGAAUAGAAGACUCCGAUGUGCACAGCUUGGCCGAGGUGUGUCCAUCUUCGAGCUUAGUUGACUUCCUCAUUCUUCCUGUGCCCUGAGAGAAUUUGGGGUAAAAACCCCAUCUUGUGCAGGUUGUGAACAGCCCAGAAGGUAUCGGAUUCCAAGCUGAGGGUGCUGCAGGCUUGGAAGCUGGAGGCGAAGAACAGCUCCAGGUCGUCCGCAGAAGAGCGACCAGGGUCUCAUUGACAUGCCGCCUGGUGCCCAAGGUCCGCCGGAAUCUAUUCAAGUUCUAG